AUGAAGCUUGACCAUCUAGUCACCCUCGGGGGGGCUCUGUCCCUGCUCGCCGGAAACGUCGCAGCAGCAGUGGGAAGUUCAGCGUCAUUGCCUAAAGCACGAGGGGACCCGGAAUCGUCGAUAGUUUUACAAAGCCAACAACGGAACUCCCCAGGACGAUUACUGGGCGAUCGACUCAAUGCAAAACCCCCCGACGAUGGCACCGCCGUCGGUGGCGAUAGUGACGAUGCUAAUGAGCCCUCGAAACAAACCGCGGCGGCCCUGGUAAACGAUGCGCUCGCCAUCCUGCGGACCCUUGAUCCGAACCCCUCGCGGUCCUCGCGGUCUACUAUGCGGGAGGGCGGGGGAGGAAGAGGGCAGGUGGAGGGGGAAGGGCCGGAUGGUUUGUUGGGAUUAAUCGCGAGUUGCGUUAAGCGAGCGGCCAGGGUUUUAUUAUUGUAUACUCCAUCGACACUGGAGGAGCCGGUGGAUGGUGGGAGGAAGGUCAUGGUUUUGGGGAAGAAGUUGGCGGCAGCGGUGGAGAAACUUGAGACCGCUGGGAGGGUGUUGAGGAGCCCUGAUGCGAUUUAUUUGCUGGCGCAGAUGAAUUUUGUGGGUCCCCUCGCUUCCCCCCGUUAAGCCAUUUCUCGGGGGUGCCGUGUGAGUGGGCUAAUUUAUGGGGGGGGGGAACAGUAUGGGAAUUGGUCGUACCCUAGGAAUUACCCUGUGGCCUUUGAGAAGUAUAAGCAACUAGCGGACCUCACGGGGAAUUCGACAGCGCAGAGCAUGGUUGGAUUCAUGUACGCUACGGGCGUCGGGGGCGCUGUGGAGAGGGAUCAGUCAAAGGUUGGUUUUCUAGGGGGAACUUGGAGACUGGGCGAGGUUGCAGUGUUGACAGCGUUGCAGGCCUUACUUUAUCAUACCUUUGCAGCGCUCAACGGCGAGACUCGGUCCGAGAUGACCGCCGCGUUUCGACAUCAUACCGGGAUCGGCACCCCCCGGCGAUGCGAAGAGGCCGCUUUCUACUACAAAAGAGUUGCUGACAAAGCGAUGGAGUAUUGGCGCUCCGGCCCGCCCGGGGGCCAUGCGUUGAUCAAGCAUAGCUAUAGGCUCGCGGACGACGAGGGCGGUGUAUACGGGGAGGGUGCCUCGGUGGUGUCGUCCGGGAUGAAUGCUAUGCGACGUGGAACCACGACUGACUCUGCCAAGGACCUGGAUGAUAUCCUAGAAUACUUGGACCUUCUGGCCCGUAAGGGAGACCUAUCCGCUACAUUUAGUCUUGCAAAACUCUAUUAUGAAGGGUCUAGGAAUCUCCCUAGGGACCUUGGAAAGGCUAAGACCUAUUUUGUUAAUGUUGCUAGGCAAUAUUGGUCUAAGGAGGGGAAGCCUAUAUCCGGGGGACCUCCGGGCCUGGAGAAGCUCGCUGGUAGGGCCGCGGGAUAUCUUGGGAAAAUGCAUUUGAGGGGCGAAGGGGUUGCCAAAAACUACGCUCAAGCGGUAAAGUGGUUUGAGCUUGGAAUUGAGAAUGUUGGGCUCUUGUGAGGGGUUUCAUUACAUGCCUGGGGCUAAUUGAGGUAUAGGGGGACGCAAGUUCGCAAAACGGCCUCGGAUUCAUGUACCUUCGUGGAUAUGGUGUUAAAGUGAAUCGUCUGAAGGCAGCCGAAUUCUUCCAGAUCGCUACCGAACAAGACCUACCUCAGGGUCAGAUCAAUUUGGGCAAGAUCUUCCUGGAGCAGAAUGACAUCGAGACUGCCAAGCGCUUCUUCGAACUCGCAGCACGUCAUGGAACCCUCGAGGCUUAUUACUUCCUCGCGGAGAUUUACAACUCUGGGCUCGGGAAAGAGCGUUCCUGUGCACUGGCGACGGCCUACUACAAGAUUGUUACGGAAAGGGUCGAACCACUUCACAGUCCGUUGGCCUGGGCGAAUGAGGCGUAUGCUAGUGGGGAUAAGGAGAGUGCUGUAAUCGGGUACAUGAUGGCUGCUGAGCAAGGUUACGAAGCCGGACAGGCAAACGUCGCAUUCCUGCUUGACCAGGAAAAGUCGAAGCUGGACCUGAAGUCCCUUCUCAACCCCAAGUCCAGGGACCCAAUGGAUCAAGAAUUGGCUCUCAUAUACUGGACCCGAUCCGCCAAGCAGUCCAAUACCGAUUCCCUGGUCAAGAUGGGAGACUACUACCUUAGCGGUGUCGGCACGGAGCAGGAUGCAGCGAAGGCUGCAAGUUGCUACACCGCCGCCAGUGAACUCCAAGCUUCCGCACAAGCGCUCUGGAAUCUCGGUUGGAUGCACGAGAAUGGUAUAGGCGUAGAGCAAGACUUUCACCUAGCAAAGCGCUACUACGAUCUUGCUCUAGAGACGAACCAAGAAGCAUACCUCCCAGUAACUCUGAGUCUCUUCAAACUCCGCCUGCGUAGUUUUUGGAAUACCAUCACCGGCGGCAAUAUUAAUGCCAUUGGCGCCGACCCAGGUAUUAACUCCCUUCCAGUCCCCCCAGCAGUGACUUAUUGUGCAACAGACCCAAAACCAAAAAAAUCCCUCACCCUCCGAGAAUUCUUCAAGCAAUGGUACGAAGCUACGCCAGACGAAUAUGCGGAUCCGGACGAUAUUUACGCCGCGACAGCGACGGGCGGGGAAAUUCCUGGCGAAGAGUACUACGACGCGGAGUAUGAGGGUGAUUUGGUCGAGAGUGUGAUUAUACUUGCUCUUGCGGCGGCUGUAGCGAUAUUGGUGUAUUAUCGGCAGCAGCGGCAGCAGCAGAUUGCCAGGAGGCAGCAACAGCAGGGACAACAAGGGCAAGGGCAAAACAAUGGGGAGGGAAUGGGUGGUGAUGGUGGUGGCGAUGGUGGUCCGAUACAGGGUAUGGGAGGGGAAGGGUUUGGACAGUGGGGUGUGCCACAUUAG